AUAGUAAAGUACAUAUCUGUUCAAGAAAAAUCUCAGCUUCAUGGGCUCGACAAUACUGAAACAACUUUUUACUACCUCCUCAUCAAUGCAAGGAUAAAAUUGGUAUGUUUUGCCAUGCAGUUGGAAACUACAUUUCUCCAGUCGUGAUAGAGCUUGGUCAUUUGACACAACGUUUGCAACGAGAACCAGAAUAUCGAGUGUUUGUCUGAUGAUCUUUGCUUUGUCUAUCAACCGGAUUGGUGGUCAAGACAAUGGUGAGGUUGCAACGUGACUACGCCGGAUUUAGACUAGUGCUGUAUCUACCUAAGUACCUAAAUAUCUUGAAUGCGUCCUCUCCAUAGUUGGACCAUAAUUUCUACGCGACAUCACAAUGGCUCCCCAUGACCCCCUCGAUGACGACCUUGAUGGAGAGGAAGCAUACCACGAAUCAUCCGAUGAGGACUUCGAUCCCGUAGCAAUACCGGCCGACGAAUCGUCCGCCUCCUCAGACGAAGAAGAAGCCAAUGCCAAACCAGCUGCGCGUAAAGGCAAGCGGAAAGCGCCCGCGGACGAUGAUCUAGACUCCGGCGAUGAAGUCACCAUACAAGCUGCUGCGCGAAAGCGGAAGUCAAAGAAGCAAAAGGGCGGGAAAAAGAACGUCGACGAUGACGAGCUCAUAUUAUCAGAGGAUGAAGGCGGCGAUGGAGGGUUGAUCAAGACAAGGGCACAGAGACGGGACGAGCAAAAGGAGCGGAGGCCGUUGGCACGAACGGAUGGGGCUACCGUUGAUGUCGAUGCCUUGUGGGCGCAGAUGUCGGCCGCACCUUUACAACCAACACACCCACCUUCCGUGUCAAAAGAUCAGGAAACACAAGCACAAGGUGCAAAUAAGGAUUCAGAAGCACAAGUACAGGAUGAGACGGAUCUCGUAUCUAUAAAGAAAGUGUACAACUUCGCAGGCCAGAACACCACAGAGGAGAAGCAGGUACCUCGCUCGUUGCUAGACAAACAUCUGGCGGAUGGGUGGAAAACCGUGGAAACUGGUGCGGUAGGGAGCGACGCCGAGAAGAAGAGUGAAAAAGAUGCGGAGUCUAAAAUCAGACGCCCGCUCCGUCGCCCUUCGCGUUUCGACGCCAACCCACUCGGCUACGUUCGCGCACUUCCAGCUGAGCAUCAACUCGGAUGGCCACGGAGAGGUCGCAUUACGCCUACAGCUGCUCCUGGCCAGGACAAUCCCAACAUGGCCGAAGCGACAAAAGCGAUUCGACCGGAGAGAGCACAGAAACUCAAUGUGGUCGACAAAUCCAGACUGGAUUGGACGGGAUUCGUCAACAAGGAGGGCAUUGCAGAGGAGUUGGACGUCCACGGGAAGACGAAGGAAGCCUACUUGGGCCGUAUGGAGUUCUUAGCUGGUGUUGACGCAAGGCGGGAGGAAGAGCGCCGGCGGAUGAAGACGGCUACCACCACGUGAGCCAGAUGUAAACGAUUCUAUUUUAUUUAUAUAACAAUGAUACCCCGACUUCGAUUGAUUCCGAUCAUGCAAUUCAACACACCUUUUGCCCUCCUAUGGAAUUGACUAACCAACAUGGGAUAUAUCGCUUUUGUGCCAUUGGAAGAACGAGAGCCAUGCCAACAAGAACUCCAAUCGAAACAUGAGCUGAUCAAGGCGGUUCCUCGGUGUAAAUGGAAUACAUUGCAUUGCAGGCG